UACUAACAAACAAAUCUCCAGUUGUAGUUCUGCUUUACGUUACAUGUAUGCUUGAAAUGUAUUGUUAGCGAAUGUAGCAUUGAGAACUUAAGUUAGCUUUAGCUAUAUAUAUAUAUAUAUAUAUAUUUAUAGCCAGUUUUCCCGGCAAUCCGUCAUAUUUAUUCCGUAAAUGUAAGACCGAGAGUCAUUACCGAUGGAUAACAUGGGGAAUCUGACCAGCGGGGGAAGCGCCGCUCUCAUUUUGGCCUUCCUUCAAGCCGACUGCGGAACUUCAGAGUACAAGAAGGAGCUCCUCUCCCUGGGCAAGGACUUUAAUCGGGGGGAUAUCAACCGUAACGGGCCCAGGAGAGACGUGCUGGACGAUGGAGACCUCGAAACUGAUGGUCACAUGUCCAGCUGCAUCAUCAGAGAUGUGCAGCCUUCAGUGGAGCUGCAGUGGCCUGGGAACCCUGGAGAGGAAGCAGAUCUUCAGCAGAUUGGAGAAGAGCUGCGAGAAAUCGCAGACCAGCUUCAACACGAUGUUGUAGCUGAUGCUACCCAGAACCUCAGCAGGAACAUAUCAACCUCCUGCCCUGGACAGUGGAAAGAUCACCUUAAGCGGGAGGUGGACAGAGUGAUGAGGCAGGGCGUGGGUCUAGAGCAUCUACCCCAGGAGCGUGUCAUCAUGGCCCUUACUCUCACCCUGGUGAAGAGAGUGUGCAAGCAGACCCCUCGGCUGCUCCGAAAUCUCUUCAACGCAGUACUUGAACUCUGCAAGUUCCAGGUGACUUCUGAGCUGCAGGCUGAGAGGAAAUAACUGAGAAACGUGUGGUGGAGAACAGCCGAAUCUGAAACUGGCAUCUGCUCCUCGAGACCAAUCGACUGUGAAAAGGAGCUGUGUUGACCAUACAGAAGUAAAAACACUUUUUCAAACUAUGGAAAGUGACGAUGUAUUAUCUGAGUUUACAGUCAUAUUUUGAAAACAGGGAAAUAGGUUGAUUUUGAGACCUGAAUAUUUACAUUACUUGAUCUGUUUGCUAUUGCUUAAAAAUGCAUUUUAUACUUGAAAGACAUGCUCAUUUUGUAUUUGAUUAAUUUCCUUUUGGCAUAUACGUGUAUGGCUAUUAUAUAGUGUUAUAUGAAUAAAUAUAUUUUCCCGGU